AUGCAGCCUUCUCUUCCUUCCCUCCCGACGGCGACUGCCCCGCCAAAAUUUCGUCUCGUCCCUCCUCCUUCUGAUGAGUCGGAGUCCUCCCCUCUCCGCCAUCUCGCUUUGAUCCUCAACAGCCAUCCCUCCCGCCUCGCGACUCACCGCGACUUUGCGUCCAACCCAUACGCCCGUCGGCCUCGCCCGCUGGCUGCACUCAAUCGCGCCAUGGACUUCCUCACGCUGAUCGGAGGCCCGGCCUUCACCCCGACCCAGGCCGACGAGCUCAUGGGCCGCAUCAACAAGCACGCCGGUCUCGAGUCUCCCGUGGCCAGCGUCACCGGCAAAUGGAUCUACUACGUCCACCUCAAGGGAAGCGACAAGAAGACCGUCACCCAGAAGCUCGUCCGCUGGCUCGAGAUGCCCGCCGACCAGGCCUCCGCCGAUCUGCCCUCCAAUACGCCCACCACCAAGACGUACUAUGUGACGCCCCGCAACAUCUCGCCUUGGUCGUCCAAGGGUACAAGCAUCACCCACGUCUGCGGCCUCAAGGACCAGAUCGAGCGCAUCGAGAGGGGCCAGGCCAUCACCGUCACCUUCGACCAAGGCCUGACCAAGGACACGGAUGCGAUCCCCUUCAAGGACAUCAUCUACGACCGCAUGACCGAGACCAUUGGCCUCGCCCAACCUGACCUCAACACCAUGUUUGUCGAGGGCCAGCGCUACCCCCUCGAGAUUGUCGACAUCUUUGCCGCCGGCGCCCAGACCCCGCUCGAGCGCCUUCGCGAUCACAACAAGAAGUUCGGGCUCGCCCUCGACGAGUCCGAGAUGGAGUACCUUGUCGAGGUCUUCAAGCGCCAGGGCCGCCCCCCGCACGACGUCGAGCUUUUCAUGUUCGCCCAGGUCAACUCGGAGCACUGCCGCCACAAGCAGUUCAACGCCAGCUGGACCAUCGACGGCGAGCAGAUGGCCGACAGCCUGUUCGGCAUGAUCCGCAACACCCACAAGACCACUCCCGACUACACCGUCUCCGCCUACAGCGACAACGCCGCCGUCCUCGAGGGUGAGACGGCCGCCUUCUGGGCCCCCGACUACUCUACAGGCUCCUGGAAACUGACCAAGGAGGUCGUUCACAUCCUCGCCAAGGUCGAGACCCACAACCACCCCACAGCCAUCUCCCCCUUCCCCGGUGCUGCCACCGGUGCCGGCGGUGAGAUCCGUGACGAGGGCGCCGUCGGUCGCGGCUCUAAGCCCAAGGCCGGUCUCUGCGGCUUCUGGGUCUCUGAUCUGCUGAUCCCCGAUGAGAAGGCCCCUUGGGAGGUCGACAUUGGAAAGCCCGCCCACUUCGCCAGCAGCCUCGAUAUCAUGCUCGAGGCCCCCAUCGGAAGCGCUCGCUUCAACAACGAGUUUGGACGCCCGUGCCUGCUCGGCUGCUUCCGCACGCUGCUCACCAACGUCGGCAACGACGACGAGCCCGAGUGGCGCGGCUACCACAAGCCCAUCAUGAUCGCCGGUGGUGUCGGCACCGUCCGCCCCCAGCACGCGCUCAAGGAUCCCAAGGACGUCAACGACGGCGCCCACGUCAUCGUUCUCGGCGGUCCCGCCAUGCUCAUCGGUCUCGGUGGCGGUGCCGCCUCCAGUGCCGCCUCGACGGAAGACACGGCCGAACUUGAUUUUGCCAGUGUCCAGCGCGGCAACCCUGAGAUGGAGCGUCGCGCCCAGAUGGUCAUUGACACCUGUGUGUCUCUCGGAGACGAGUCGCCCAUCGCCUUCAUCCACGACGUCGGCGCCGGCGGUCUCUCCAACGCUCUGCCCGAACUCGUCAAGGACGCCGGCUUCGGCGGCAAGUUUGAGCUUCGUCAAGUUCACACCGACGACAAGAGCCUCAGUCCCCUUCAGCUCUGGGCCAACGAGUCUCAGGAGCGUUAUGUCCUUCUUGUCAACAAGGACUCCCUGAACCGCUUCGUCAGCAUCUGCCGCCGCGAGCGUUGCCCCUUUUCCGACGUCGGCACCGUCCUCGCCGAAGACGAGAACGGCAACUCCAAGCUCAUCCUCAGCGACCGUGACUCCACCGAGCACCCCCUGCCCAUCGACCUCCCCAUGUCCGCCCUCUUCCCUCCCGGCCGCCGCCUCGAGCGUGUUGUUGAGAGGCGCGAGCUUGACCUGCCGACGUUCAACGCUGUCGCCUCGCUCAAGUCCGCCGUCAGCGACACCGCUUCCAAUGCGGAUCUCAUCACCGCUGCGACGGAGCGUGUCUUCCGCAUGCCGGCCGUCGGCUCCAAGUCAUUCCUCAUCACCAUUGGCGACCGGACGGUCGGUGGCCUUACCGUGCGUGAUCAGAUGGUUGGCCCGUGGCAGACGCCCGUUGCCGACUGUGCUGUCACGGCCACGUCGUACCAGAUCGGCUCCAGUAAGAGGACGGGUGAGGCCAUGGCCAUGGGUGAGCGUCCCCAGCUGGCGCUCAUCUCCGCCGCCGCGUCCGCGCGCAUGGCCGUCGCUGAGAGUCUGCUGAACCUCGGCGCCGCCGACAUUAUCGGCGAGCUGAACCGCGUGAAGCUCUCCGCCAACUGGAUGGCUGCCGUCAAUCACCCCGGUGAGGGCGCCCGCCUCUACGAGGCCGUCCACGCUAUUGGCAAGGAGCUCUGCCCCGAGCUGAAAAUCUCCAUUCCCGUCGGAAAGGACUCGACCUCGAUGAAGGCGUCGUGGAAGGACCGCGAGUCGGGCAAGGCACAGAGCGUGACCGCGCCCGUCUCCGCCAUCAUCACCGCUGUCUCUGUCGUCGAGGACGUCAGGCGGACGUGGACGCCCCAGCUCCGCCGCGUCGAGGACGUUGGCGAGACCAUCCUGCUGUACGUCGACCUUGCCGAGGGCAAGCAGGCCAUGGGCGGCUCAGCGCUCGCACAAUCCUUCGGUCAGCUCGGUAACGAGGCCCCUGAUGUCCGCAACGUCGGUCUCAUCACGGACUACUUCGACGCACUCAAGCAACUCCACGAGAGCGGCGUUGUGCUCGCCUACCACGACCGCUCCGACGGUGGUCUCAUCACGACCGUCGCCGAGAUGAUGUUUGCCGGUCGCUGCGGUGUUGAACUUCUCCUGGAUGGCGUUGCCAAGUCCGGCUCGACGGCCGACGUCCUCGAAGCCCUCUUCAACGAGGAGCUCGGUGCCGUGUUCCAGGUUCGCAAGUCGGACGAGACCAACUUUAAGCGCUGCUUCGCCACCUGCGGACCUCCCAAGGGCCUCAUCCGCAAGAUCGGUGUCGUCAAGGCCACCUCCAAGCAGGAACUCACCAUCCGGUACCAGGACCCGACACCCAUCGUCAACCUGGACCGCGUCGAGAUGCAGCAGUGGUGGUCGCGCACGUCGUACGCCAUGCAGAGGGAGCGCGACAGCCCGGCGCACGCCGACAGCGAGUUCGCCACCAUCGCCGAUUCCGAAGACCCGGGCAUCUCAUUCAACCUCAAGUUCCAGCCCAAGGAGGACAUCAACCCCCUGACGGCGACGGUGGGCAGCUUCUUCAAGAACGCACCCAAGGUCGCCAUCCUGCGCGAGGUCGGCGUCAACAGCCACGCCGAGAUGGCGUUCGCCUUCAAAGCGGCCGGCUUCGACCCGAUCGAUGUUCACAUGAGCGACAUCCUGGCAGGCCGCUCGCUGCGCGAGUUUGUCGGCCUCGCCGCUGGCGGCGGCUUCUCGUACGGCGACGUCUUCGGUGCCGGCGUCGGUUGGGCGCAGUCCAUCCUCGAGCACAAGCACGCACGCCAGGAGUUCGAGGCAUUCUUCAACCGCCCAGACACCUUCUCCCUAGGCGUCUGCAACGGUUGCCAGAUGAUCACGAGGCUCAAGGAACUCAUCCCCGGCGCCGCAGACUGGCCCACCUUCUCGCACAACGCCAGCAGGCAGUUUGAGGCCCGGUUUGGCAUGGUCACGAUCGACGACAGCCGCGCCGCGACGCCCUCCGUCUUCCUCCACGGCAUGAGCGGCUCGUCCCUCCCCAUCGCCGUCUCGCACGGCGAGGGCCGCGCGACGUUCACCUCGCCAACCCAGCUCGACACGCUCGGCGCCGAGGGUCUCGCGCCGCUACGCUACGUCGACAACCGCCGCCGCACCGCCGAACCCGAGUGCUACCCAGCCAACCCCAACGGAAGCCCCGGCGGCGUGGCAGGUGUCCGAAGCAAGGACGGACGGGUCCUCGCGCUCAUGCCGCACCCCGAGCGCACCAUCAUGGCCGACGUGGCCAGCUACGUGCCGCCCAGUCAGAUUGAAGAAUGGGGCGAGUUUGGUCCCUGGGUCAGGAUGUUCAAGAGCGCGCGCCGGUGGGUGGGCUGA